AAAAACAGCAAGUGGUUUAAAUCCAGAUCAGUGUAGCUUGGCACUAACACCAGAACUUCAAGAAUUUUUCAAUAAAGAAGAUCAAGGUAUAUUAUCAAAAGUUAAAAGUAAAUUUAAAAAAAAUGAUGAUCCUGAAGUUAAACAAGAUUAAGCAAUGCUUGACAUCAACAAAUAUAAUUCAAUUAUCAAAUUUAUCAUCAUUAUCUUCAUCAUCAAGCGAAACAAUCAUAAAUAAUUUAUCAACAAGUCCCACAAUUGAACAUGAACAAGUUAAAAUUAAUCAAAAACGUCCACAUAUACCAGUUAUGGUAAAUCAAGUAAUUGAAUAUUUAAAACCAUCACCUGGUGAAAUAUUUAUUGACAUGACAUUUGGUGCUGGUGGUCAUACAACUCGUCUACUUGAUUCAACACCAGAUAUUAAAGUAUUUGCACUUGAUAGAGAUCCACUUGCUCAUGAAUAUUCACAUGAAUUAGCUAAAAAAUAUCCAGGUCAAUUAAUUCCACUUCUUGGAAGAUUUUCUGAACUACCAAAUUUAUUAAAAAAACAUAAAGUAUUACCAAAUACAAUUGAUGGAUUUUUAUUUGAUUAUGGAUGUUCAUCAAUGCAAUUUGAUAUUGCUGAACGUGGUUUUUCAUUAUCAAAAGAAGGACCACUUGAUAUGAGAAUGGAUGGUAAACGUUAUCCAAAUGAUCCAACAGUUGCUGAUGUACUUGAACGUGCAAGUGAACUUGAUUUAUAUAGAAUUAUGAAAAUAUAUGGACAAGAAAAAAGAGCUAGAAAAAUUGCACGUGCUAUUGUUGAAUCAAGAUAUACAUUUAAAAAACUUGAAACAACAUGGGAAUUAGCUGAACUUGUUGAAUCAGUUAUUAAUGAUGAAUUUCGUACAGAUUCAAUUGGUAGAUUUUCACAUUCAGCAACAAAAGUAUUUCAAGCAUUUAGAAUAUUUAUUAAUAAUGAAAUGAAUGAAAUUAAUUAUGGUAUUAUAAUUGCUGAAAAAUAUUUAAAAAUUAAUGGUAGACUUGUUACAAUAUCAUUUCAUUCGCUGGAAGAUACUAUUGUUAAACGACAUUUAGCUGGUAAUAUUAGUGAUAAUUCACCAAACAUGACACCAUUGAAAUACAUCAAUGCAGCUAGAACAUUUGAUGACAACGAAUUUAUUAAUUUGACUGAUGUAUCAUGGAAAAUGUUACAUAAACAUGUUAUUUUACCAACUGAUGAAGAAAUCGAAACAAACCCACGAAGUAGAUCAGCUAAAUUACGAGCAAUUGCUAAAAUAAAGUAGUCAAAAUAAAAAACAACAAUAACAACAAUUAAAAAAAAAAAAGAACAUGAUAAUUUUUUUUAUUGAUUAAAUUUUUUUGUAGAUACUAUUGUAAUUAAUAUAAAAAGAGA